GAAUAUACUGAUGGUAGUUUAGGUUAGACAAGGGACAACGGACAACUUGUUUUAAUUUUCUAACUUCUGCUAUGCUCUACUCUGUGCCUUUGCGUUUGCCUUUGCCUUUGCCUUCGACUGUGACUGUGACUGUAUGGACUGUGUGACUGUGCUGCUUGUGCGGUUUUGAGGAGGUUGCUUUAGAGUUAGAGCUGCUCACUUUUAGAUACUUUUUCAUAUAUGCUUUUUAGUUUAGUUCUUUUUGUUUUCUUCAUUUUUUUUUGCGCUGCUGUUCAUAAAGUUUCGGCUCUCGGCGCUCGGCUCUCGUGAAAUUUUUGCGGGGACCUCUCUAUUGAUAUUUGCACAGUGUGUUUCAAUUUUUGUUUUAAUUUUAAUGUUUUUUUCUUUUUUCCUGUUCUCAUCUUCAUUGUAGUCUUCGUCGUCGUCGUCGUCUUCUUCAUAGUUGUCGUCUUCUUUUACUUCGCCCAUCGUCGUCGUAGUUGUUCUUCUCGUUGUUGAAAUCACUUCGUCUUGUGUGUUAGAUACUUUUGCUUAAUUUUUUUGCAAACCAAAUCUACAACACCAACAUUGAAAUACAAAAAUUCCUCUCCGUUCUUCUCCGAUUUAGCCAAUCUUUUGGUGUUGUUGUUGUUGGUGUAAUUUUUCGCAAAUUCAAGCUCUAGAAUUUGACUUUACUAAUAGUGUAUGCACGCGGUUAACAUUAGUAGUUAGCCGACUGUUUAUUAGAUAUAGUGUGUCAUAAUACCUAGUUCGUUUGGGAUUUUGAACUGACUAAAAAACAAUGCUCUUCUAUUAUUAUUAUUUCUAUGCUGCAGCAGUCUUCGUUAUCGUCGGUUUUCUACAAGUCGUCUAAUGCGCGAUCAUUUUAAUUUUUGAAAAAUAUUGUCGUAACUAACUUAAAGUAAAAAGUAAUUGUUUUAAAAAAAAUAAUCAAUUUUAUCAACCAAGUGCAAUAAAAAUACUCAGUUUUUUUAAUAAAAAAUAAAUUCAUUAAUAUUUUUAUAUUAUUACUACGCUUCGGUAUUUUUUUCAAUUUUGUUUAAUUAAAUUCAAUGUCUUUUGAAACUUCAAAGGAUGAGAUCAGCAAAAGCAAAUAAAAUAACUAGCCCUAACCAUUUAUGGUUUUAUUACUUUUCAAUCAAUUGAGAUCGGUUUUUGUAAAAGUAUCUCAAAAUUUAUAUACCUCCCCAGAAAUAAAAGAAAAAGUUAAACAACAAAUUUAUUAAAAACAACAAAAUUGUAUUCAGGGCGAUUGUGCAAAAAAUUAUUAAAAACCUAUCUACAAACAAAUACCUAUCUAUAGAAGUAGGUACUAGGAAAAAAUUUGGCAACGGCUGUCAAAUUAAAAAGUUAAUGUAUACAAACAGCAACAGCAGCAGCGGUGGUACGGCAGCGGCGGCGGCAGCGGUCUGUGUAUCUCAAAUUUUAUGUGAAUCUAAAGCAACAACAACAACAUCAACGAAAACAACACUAUAUACAAAAACCAUAAUAUCUCUUCUGUAAUACAUUUGUGCAAAUGACGACAAGCGACGUGUUAAAUUUGCCCUUGAUAUUUUUUUCGCUUAAGUGUUUUUUUUUUGGUUAUAAUUUUUUUUUAUUUUUUGAUUAAUCAGCCGCACAUGUAAAAAAAUAAAAUUCGCAAACGAACUAACGCUCUACAGUCACACAAAAAAUUCUGGAAGCUAACAUUCUAAAAAAGCAAAGAAUACAAAAACAAGAACACAAAUUUUAAGCUUCAAAGUCGUCGUCAAACGUUGAUCGUUUUUUUGAUCUUGUUUUUUUUUUUCUUUUGAGAAUAAGGACCGAACGCAUAUGCAUUAAAAAAGUUUAAGAAGAAUUAAAUAUUCUGUGUAUAAAAGAAAAAAUUUCAAAAAAAACACACAAAAAUUAACAAGAAAAACAGACUUUCAAUUUGUUGUUGUGGGUGGCUAACAAUUUUUUAACUUUAUCCAAAUUAAAAAAAACGCAAAUUUUUUUGCAAACUUUUGAAUGUGUGUUAGUAAAAGCGAUCUCGCAUUAAGUUCCUUAUAUUUUGGAUUUUUGGCAUAAGAGAUAUAUGUAACUAUGUAUACAGAUAGAUACGUAUCCAUAAGAUGUUGUGUGUAAUUCAGACAGACAAAUAGCUCCAAAAAACCAAUACGAACAUAAUUUUUUUUUGGGAAUUCGCACACUUUUUUCUCUUCUCGUCGACGUCGUCGUCUUCGUCAUCUUCAUCGUUGAUGGUAUUGGGCUUGAAGUGUGAUAAAUGAUAAUAAUGGUCUUAAGUAGUUCGGUGGUUCUGCAGUUUUGAUGCGGUGUAAUAAAAUCUAAUGCGCGUCUUUUUUCGUUUGUGGAAAAUAAAACUUAAAUAUAUCUUUUAACAGAAAAUAAUAAAAAAAUCUAAAUAAAUUUUUAAAGUGAAAUUGGUAAAAGUGUUGGAAGUCUGGGAUUUAGUAAAAACUAAUUUCACAGUUUUUUUUGUUCUUAAGUGAAUUUAUACACUUUUAAAAAAUAUCGAAAGUGAAAUUUGUCCUUGCUUGACGGAAGCCACAUUAGAAGGACUUUGAUAGAAACCAAUAAUUUUGUUGAAAAAAUAAUCAUACCCUUUAUAAAAACUGAUGAUUACUUUGGAUUAUUUAAUUCGCUUGAUAUGACGAGGUACAACACUGACCAAGGAGCUAUUAUGGACCAGCAAUUUUGUCUACGCUGGAACAAUCAUCCGUCUAAUCUAACUGGUGUGCUGACCUCCCUACUGCAGAGGGAGGCGUUAUGUGAUGUCACAUUAGCUUGUGACGGUGAAACAGUUAAGGCGCAUCAGACAAUUCUUUCAGCAUGCAGCCCAUAUUUCGAAACAAUUUUCCUGCAAAAUCACCACCCACAUCCCAUAAUUUUUCUAAAAGAUGUCAGAUACUCAGAAAUCAGAUCACUUCUCGAUUUUAUGUACAAAGGCGAGGUGAACGUUGGUCAAAGUUCGUUGCCUGCCUUUUUAAAAACAGCUGAGAGCUUACAGGUUCGAGGAUUAACAGAUAACACAAAUCUAAAUUAUCGAACCAGUUGUGACAGAAUGAGAGAUUCGGACACGACAUCGCCCUCUAAUAAUCGAGAAUCACGAGAAAGAGAACGCGAACGAGAACGUGAGCGUGAACAACGAGAACGUGAUCGAGAACGUGAAUGUGAUCGUGAACGUGAACGAGAGCGCGAACGUGAUCGAGAUCGAGAACGAGAAUUACACCAUCGCAGUAGCAGUAGUUUAAGUUGUGGAGGCGGUGGUAGUGGUAAUAAUCGUGAGGGAAGUAGCGGCGGCAGCAGUGCUACAACAAUUGUUGGAAAUAAUAAUGUUGUAAAUGCAAGCCUACAAUCGGCCACAGCUUCGGCUUUAUGUUUAAGCGAACGAUCUCCUAGCGUUGGACCUGUCAUUGGUGCAGGAGGAGGAGGAGGAGGAGGAGUGGGAGGAGGAGUAGUAGGAGGUGGUGGUGAAAGUGGCAGUAUAACACCCAUAAUACCAGGAAGUGGCAGCAAUAGUGCAGGUGGUGUAAUCAUCAAUGAAAGGGAGCGCGAAAGGGCCGAUAGUCGUGAUGAAAUAAUGCAGCUAGACUAUAGUAAAGAUAGAGAUCGUGAUAGAGAAAUGUCUACGACUCCAGUAGAUCAUAAUAUUAGUAGUAAUAAGAGAAGACGUAAGAACUCAUCCAACUGUGAUAAUUCGUUAACCUCGACGCAUAACGCAAAUGUACAGGACAGGCAUUACACUCAGGAUUCUCAGUCAUCAAAACCGGAUGAUGUGCCAGCUGAACUACAGCAGGCUUCAAGGCUUUUUAUAACAUUGCUUAAGGCAUCCUCCCAUAGUAAUUACAAAUCGAGUCCCGCGCCAAAAACAGGAAACAAUUCAGAAUCAGAGGAGACGGGUGGUGGUGGUCGCCGUGACUCCCCUUUAUCAGGCAGUCAAGGAGUUGGUCUCAGUCAAUCGCUAAGUAUUAAACAAGAACUAAUAGAUGCUCAGCAACAACAACAGCAACACCAUGCGUCAUUGCCCCCCGAAUUGUUGCCGUCUGGAGGUAUGAAAUUACAUCCUGAGGACAUGUCUAGUUUAUUAUCAUCACAUGGCCUUCAAUCAGACUCCAGAGAGGACCAAAAUGAUGUCAAACAAAUGCAAUUGGACCAAUCUGAUAAUAUUGAUGGGCCGGGGGGACGUCAUCAUCUUUCAACUCCCUUAUCGACAACAUCAUCAUCAUCCCCACCACCCCCGCCAUUUGCAAUGCAUUUUAAAAAUGAUUACCAUCAUGCGUUAGGAGGGCAUGACGUUGGAAUUUAUCGCACCGGAAGUGGCAGCAUUGGCGGAAGUAUUGGCAGUGGUGGAGGCGGUAGUAAUGGUGGUGGCCACCAUCAUCAUCAUCAUUCACAAGGAAUUGGACCAACUUCUGGAUCUGGGGGUGCUGGUGGUGGUGGAGGAGGCAGCAGCCAUAAUUCCCAUCAUCAGAUGUCCUAUCACAAUAUGUUCACCCCAUCUAGAGAUCCAGGAACAAUGUGGCGCUGCAGGUCUUGCGGCAAGGAAGUGACAAAUCGAUGGCAUCACUAUCAUUCACAUACCGCUCAACGUUCCAUGUGCCCAUACUGUCCGGCCACAUAUAGUCGAAUUGAUACGUUGCGCUCUCACCUGCGAGUUAAGCAUCCUGACAGAUUACUCAAAUUAAGUUCUUCAAUGUAAAAAAUGUUAUUAAUAAAAAUUAAAAAUAAUGUAUAAAACUAAAACUAAACAAAAAAUAAGAUACAAAUUAUUUAAAACUGUUUAAUAAAUAGUUAAAUAAUUAUUUGUUUUUUUUUCUUCAAUACUUUUGAAAUGUAAUUAAUAUAAUUAUUAUAAAAAAAAAGAAAGAAGGAUUUUUUGUACUCAAUCAUUUUCCUAUUAGUUUUAUAUAAAAUAUAAUAAUAUUAAAUAAAUUUUAUAGCAUUUAUUAGAUUUUAUAAACUCUAAAAAAAAAAAAAACAAAAUGAAAAAUCAAAACUCAGCCGAAUCAAAGCGACUGCAGAAUGCUCUUUACACCAGUCAAUCAAUAAAAUCUAGAUUAUUAAUUAAUUAGAAUGCAAUAAACAUCUUUUUAUCCAAUUUAUCCUUUAUUCGGCAAAGAAAAAAAUUAUGAGCUUAUAAUAAACACAAAACAAAAACUAUAAAAAUUUAAUAAAAUAAAAGAAAAUUAAAACAAUAACUACACAUUUUAAAUAAACUUUAAAAAAAAAUUGGCAACAAAAAUACAUAUGUAUAUCAAUUUAUUUCUGUCCUCAAUUGAAUGCUCUAAAAUUCUUUAUUCUUUUAAUUAAACUGUUUUUCAUUUUCCUUAUUUACUAAAAAUCGGUUUUUGAAAAAGACGAACAUUAAAAAGACCGUAAAAAAUAGUCAUUUCCUGCAAAUUCUCGCGAAGUUCAGGGAUCAUGUUAGUCAUAUAAUUUUUCCUAUAAUUAGCUUAAACAAUAAAUAUCAAUAUGCAUAAAUUUAAGUUGCGCCACUUAAGGGAUAUAAAAAAUAAAAAAAAAAACAAAAAUUAAAUCUUAUUUAUAUCUUUUACGUUAUUCAAUUUUUUAUUUUAAAUAAAAAAAUGAAUUUUUAACACAUACAAAAAUCUAAAUACCUCAAAAUGCAUUUCUAUUUUAAUGUUAAUUUUAAUUACUGUCAUUUUUUUUUAAUUGUUAUUUAAAGAUUUUUAUAAAAUAAAAUGUAAUAUUUAAAAUGAUGUAAUUUUUUUUAUGUUUUUAAGUUUAGUUUUUUAAGUAUAUAAAAAAUCUUUGUUUUGUUGUUUCCUAAUUUACUUUACUCGAAGCUUAAGAAGCUAGAGAAUCAUAGGCUAUGUUUUUUCUUUUUUUUUUGUUAAAAACAAAUACAUUUUUAUUUAUAAAUAUUAAGUUUUUUUUUCUAUUCUAAAAAUAUAUGUUGUCAAUUACAAAAAUUAACAAAUUUAAAAUAUAAAUCCAGUGCACUUUAAAAUUAGUUAAUUAAUUAUAAUAAACAAAAAUUAUGAUGAAAGCAUUCAAAACAUUUAUUGUUCUUUAUUUUCUAAAUAAGUGGUUGGUCAUGAAGUUGACAGAAAUUUCAUAAAAAUGUAUAUUAGUUUGAUUUGUGGACAGUUUUUUUGUUUUUAUUAAUAAAGUUUCGGUGAAAUAAAAAAAAAGCUUAAUGUUUAUUUUUUU